AUGGAGAAGAAAAAUGUACGUUCACCUGUCAGUUCGAGUGAGCAGAUCCUCGAGAAAUCAACUAAAGGCGCCACAUUCCUUAUGAUGGGACAAAUAUUUACCAAAAUGAUCACAUUUGUGCUUAACAGCCUUCUGAUACGAUUUCUUUCACCUAGAAUUUUUGGAAUAUCGGCUUUCUUGGAGUUUAUUGUGGGAACAGCAUUAUUUUUCAGUAGAGAAGCCAUCAGGCUGUCGACAUUGAGGAUUAAAGAACAAUUAGAUGUGGAAGAUAGCGAAGCAGCUGCAAAGGAGAGAUCUUCAGUUUUUCAGAUUGCUGCUAAUUUUGCCCAUAUCACGCUCUGGAUUGGUGUGCCACUGUCGGUUUUUUUGAUAACAUGGCAAUAUAGAAACAUCAAUUCUUAUUUUGUGUCUCUGCCGUAUUUUACCUUUUCUAUCUUGCUGAUCUGGGCCAGCAUCAUUAUUGAGUUAUUGAGUGAACCAUUUUUCAUUGUCAAUCAAUUUAUGUUAAAUUAUUCUGUAAGAUCAAGAUUUGAAAGUAUAUCUGUGACAGUCGGUUGUGUCGCAAAUUUUGCAGUGAUUGUAUCUUACGAAAAAUCACUAUUUCAUCUUCCAAAUGACAAUUCAGAAGUCUCAAAAGAAGGCACUGCCAUCUUGGCUUUUGCAAUUGGGAAACUAGUCCAUGCAAUUUCGCUAUUGAUGUGUUACUACUUUGAUUACUUGAGGAAUUUUUCUUCUGAAAAGAUGUUCAAACUACGCUUAACGAAGAUUCGUGCUGAGGAUGGGAAACGCAGCUAUUACUUUCAGCACGACAUCUUGGAGCAUUUCAAGAAAGUUUACUUCCAAAUGUGCUUUAAACAUUUACUCACCGAGGGUGACAAACUAAUAAUCAAUUCGCUAUGCUCUGUGGAAGAACAGGGUAUUUAUUCUCUAUUAUCAAAUUACGGAUCAUUGAUUACAAGGCUGCUUUUCUCCCCUAUCGAAGAGUCACUGCGCCUAUUUUUGGCAAGACUACUUUCAAUAAAUAAUAGCAAAAAUGUGAGAUUGUCAAUGGAAGUUUUGGUCAACUUGACAAAAUUUUAUUUGUAUUUGUCAAUUCUAAUCUUGAUCUUUGGACCAACAAAUUCCCCAUUUUUAUUGCAUUUUUUGAUUGGGUCAAAAUGGUCAACAACAUCCGUAUUAGACGAAAUCCGUGUCUACUGUUUCUAUUUACCAUUGUUGGCAAUGAAUGGAAUACUCGAGGGGUUCUUUCAAAGUAUAGCUACCGGUGAUCAAAUAUUGAAACAUUCAUACUUCAUGAUGGUUUUUUCGGGUGUAUUCCUAAUGAACUGCUGGAUAUUGAUAGAAUAUCUUGAGCUAUCAAUAAGUGGUCUGAUAGCCAGUAAUAUCAUAAAUAUGUUGUUACGCAUUGGUUACUGCGUUUGGUUCAUCAAUCGAUUUUACAGACAAGUGGCAAUUGAUUCUUCGUUCUUGGUUAAUUUUACUGAUUUGAAAUGGGUGUCUCUGUUAGGUGUAGUAAUAUGGAUAAUCGAUUGGUGGUUAAUCGGUUUCACCAAGAACUUCCAACAAUUUUCCGUUAAUAUAGCGUUGGCAUUCUCGCUACUUGUAGUUAUCCUGUUAAAAGAAAGAAAUUCUUUGAGAAGUCUUGUUGGGAAAAGCAAAUUAUCUAGUUCUAAAAACAUAUAA